UAUAAGUAAGUCGCACACAGCGCCUGGCUUAAGCUAGUAUAAAUUUGCAGAUAUUGCAGAUAGGAACAAACGUGUUACAUUUGCUGUUAGACUUCAUAUUUGAUCGUUCUGAUACUUGGUUCAAAAUGACUGCUAAGUUUGACUCUGAAAUAGUUGUGAUUAUAACCGGAGCCAGUUCUGGCAUUGGGCAACAGGCGGCCAAAAUCUUCACACAGAGAGGCGUGACUAAAUUCUGUCUGACUUCAAAAUUUGAUUUGGUUGAGACCAAAAAACUGUGCUUGUCUGUAAACGACAAGGUAGAAUUCGUAAUUGUAAAAGGAGAUAUAACCAAACCAGAAUUGCGCGAGCAAAUCUUCAACGAAACUAUCCAGAAAUUUGAGCGUGUCGACAUUCUGGUCAACAAUGCAGGCCGGGGGAUUGUCGGCAACAUAUUAGACAUGACAAUGGAACAGUACCAGGAAAUAUUCGAUGUCAACGUCACCGCAACUGUCCACUUGUCAAAACUGUGUCUACCUUAUAUAAGGAAAGUGAAGGGUAACAUUGUGACUACCUCUUCGAACGCGGCCCACAAAAACAUGCCACAGCUGGGUUUCUACUCCAUGUCAAAAGCUGCACUGAAUAUGUUCACCAAAGCACUCGCUCAAGAGGAAGGUCCAAAUGGUGUGAGGGUCAAUGCAGUCAAUCCAGGAGCAACUAACACCCCUUUCAUUGCAAGUGUCGGCAUCACACCAGAAGAGCUGAUGCAGAGUGCAAAAACCACUCACCCCAUCGGUCGAAUGGCUGACCCCGAAGAGAUAGCCAAAGUGUUGGUUUUUAUAGCUUCUGAUGAUGCCAGUUACAUGACUGGCAGCUGUGUGCUUUGUGAUGGUGGUUUGAUGUGCUAUAACCCAAUUUAAAACACAAAUUUGGGUCUAAAUUUUUCCGCAUAAACAGUCAUUUGUAAUCGAGAAAAAUAGUUUUAUAAACUAUAAAUAGUUUUUUUCUCUUCCACUUAAACCAAUUCUAACUUCUGGUCUUUUCAUUUAUUCCAUCCGAAAAAAUACACCUCAACAACUUGAACGGGAACUAUUUCGCUUAAAUCUUAUUGGCUAGAAUUAGCCAACCAAUUUUCAGCACCAUCUCAAAAUGUGUUGUUCACAAUUUUAAGUCGCCUUAUGAAUUAGCCAAAAAAAUAAAUUGUUUGGUAACA